GUGCCCGAGCGGCUGCUGAGCCCGAGCCGAGCGGGGCGCGGGCGGCUGCGGUCCAGGCAGCAGCUGCGGCGGCGGGAGAAGAUGGUGGCGCUGCAGGCUGGAGCAGCUGGAGCGGAGCUUUAUUCCCAGGCUUGGCUCCCUCGUUGUCAUUAGCGCCGCCUGCUCCCGCGGGCCCGCGGACCCAGCUGUCAGGCAAGCCCAGUGGUGCAAAAUGACAGCGCAGUGAGCUGGCACAGCCUCUCUCCCAGCCAUCCCGACGCCCACCAUGAACCACUUGGAGGGCUCCACGGAGGUGGAAGUGACCGACGAGGCGCCAGGCGGAGAGGUGAACGAGUCCGUGGAGGCCGACCUGGAGCAUCCGGACGUGGAGGAAGAGCAGCGGUCACCGCAGGCUGCGGGCCGGCACCCGCGUGGGCGCGCCGUCGAGGAGCCGCGCGCGCAGCUGGCGCAGCAGGAGGAAGAGGAGCGCGGGGAGAGCCUGGCGCGCUCGGCCAGCACCGAGAGUGGCUUCCACAACCACACGGACACCGCUGAGGGCGACGUGAUCGCGGCAGCCCGCGAAGGCUACGACACGGAGCGCACACAAGACCCGGAGGAUGAGAGUGCAUAUGCCGUGCAGUACCGACCCGAGGCCGAGGAGUACACGGAGCAGGCGGAGGCCGAGCACGCCGAGGCCGCGCACCGCCGCGCGCUGCCCAACCACCUGCACUUCCACUCACUGGAGCACGAGGAGGCCAUGAACGCGGCCUACUCGGGCUAUGUCUACACGCACCGGCUCUUCCACCGCGGCGAGGACGAGCCCUACGCCGAGCCCUACGCCGACUACGGCGGCCUCCAGGAGCACGUGUACGAGGAGAUCGGGGACGCGCCCGAGCUGGACGUGCGCGACGGCCUGCGGCUGUACGUGCAGGAGCGCGACGAGGCGGCUGCCUACCGCCAAGAGGCCCUGGGCGCUCGGCUGCACCACUACGAUGAGCGCUCCGACGGCGAGUCCGACAGCCCCGAGAAGGAGGCCGAGUUCGCGCCCUACCCGCGCAUGGACAGUUACGAGCAGGAGGAGGACAUCGACCAGAUUGUGGCCGAGGUCAAGCAGAGCAUGAGCUCGCAGAGCCUCGACAAGGCGGCGGAGGACAUGCCGGAGGCCGAGCAGGACCUGGAGCGUGCCCCGACCCCGGGAGGAGGCCGGCCCGACAGCCCCGGGCCUCCAGCGCCUGCAGGGCAGCAGAAGGCCACGGGCCCGGCGGGUGGCGAGACAGGGCAGCGAUACAGCAAGGAGAAGAGAGAUGCUAUCUCUCUGGCCAUCAAGGACAUCAAGGAGGCCAUCGAGGAAGUGAAAACCAGGACCAUCCGUUCGCCUUACACCCCUGACGAGCCCAAAGAGCCCAUCUGGGUCAUGCGCCAGGACAUUAGCCCCACCAGGGACUGUGACGACCAGAGGCCGGUGGAUGGAGAUUCUCCAUCUCCUGGCAGUUCCUCACCCCUGGGUGCCGAAUCGUCCAGCAUACCCCUUCAUCCCAGUGACCCCACAGAAGCCUCCACAAAUAAAGAGUCAAGAAAAAGCUUGGCUUCAUUCCCAACCUACGUUGAAGUUCCUGGACCUUGCGACCCUGAAGAUUUAAUCGAUGGAAUUAUUUUUGCUGCCAAUUACCUUGGCUCUACGCAGCUGCUCUCAGAUAAAACUCCCUCCAAAAAUGUGCGCAUGAUGCAGGCCCAGGAAGCAGUAAGCAGGAUCAAGCAGAUGGCCCAGAAAUUAGCCAAGAGCAGGAAGAAGGCUCCUGAAGGAGAAUCUCAGCCAAUGACUGAGGUGGAUCUCUUCAUUUCUACCCAGAGGAUCAAAGUACUGAAUGCAGAUACACAGGAGCCAAUGAUGGACCACCCUCUGAGGACCAUCUCUUACAUCGCAGACAUCGGGAAUAUUGUCGUACUGAUGGCACGCAGGCGGAUGCCACGCUCCAACUCCCAAGAGAACGUGGAGGCCUCCCACCCAUCCCAGGAUGGGAAAAGACAGUACAAGAUGAUCUGCCACGUCUUUGAGUCUGAGGACGCCCAGCUGAUCGCACAGUCCAUAGGGCAGGCAUUCAGUGUGGCGUACCAGGAAUUCCUCAGGGCCAACGGGAUUAAUCCUGAAGACCUCAGCCAGAAGGAGUACAGCGACCUGCUCAACACCCAGGACAUGUACAAUGAUGACCUGAUCCACUUCUCCAAGUCAGAAAACUGCAAAGAUGUUUUCAUAGAGAAGCAGAAAGGAGAAAUCCUAGGAGUUGUGAUUGUGGAGUCUGGCUGGGGAUCCAUUCUACCAACUGUGAUCAUAGCCAACAUGAUGCACGGAGGCCCCGCAGAAAAGUCAGGGAAGCUGAAUAUCGGGGACCAGAUCAUGUCCAUUAAUGGCACCAGCCUGGUGGGCCUGCCUCUCUCUACCUGCCAGAGCAUUAUUAAGGGCUUAAAGAAUCAGUCCCGGAUAAAGCUGAAUAUUGUGAGAUGCCCUCCAGUGACCACCGUGUUAAUCAGGAGACCAGACCUUCGCUACCAGCUGGGUUUCAGUGUUCAGAAUGGAAUUAUCUGCAGCCUCAUGCGAGGGGGAAUAGCUGAGAGAGGAGGAGUCCGCGUGGGACAUCGGAUCAUCGAAAUUAAUGGACAGAGUGUCGUUGCCACGCCACAUGAGAAGAUUGUCCACAUCUUGUCCAAUGCUGUCGGGGAGAUCCAUAUGAAGACGAUGCCAGCAGCCAUGUACAGACUGCUGACAGCCCAGGAGCAGCCAGUUUACAUCUGAGCCGUGACUCUGUGGCGGCAUGCAUGGAGGACUCUCCUCACCGUGGUUGUGUUUCUUGUGUUGCAUCGUGUGUCCACUGAAACAUUUCCCUCUUGCGCCCAGCAUUUGGUCUUACACAGGAAGAGAAGAAUCAGCAAGGACCUCUUUGCUCUCUGUCUCUCCAGUUUGCUUUUUUCUGUUCUUUAAUACCAGGGCAGUUUCGUGUGUGCUUCUUUGAAGCUGGAGCUAACAUCCACCUGGUAUCUAACCAGGACCAUCCUAGAGAACCUUCAGAGGUCCUGGGGGAGGGUCCUGUCUGUCCUGUCCAAGGGGGCAUCAUCCCUCCUCAAGAGGCACAAACUUCCCAGAAGGCGCUCCCAGGUGCAGUGCAAGAGCUGACUCAGCAGUGCCUAAAAACUCAGUUGCUGAUCUCUCUUCCCUCCUUGCCUCAUAUGAUGGGAAUAUGGUGGUGACGGGGAUAGCCCACAUCUUUAAGGGUAUUCACUGCCCACUGUGUAGUUGGGGCCCCAUACAUUAUUUCUACCCAAAAUUUCUGAUCCAAUUUUAAACCUCUUCCAUAGCUUGUUUUAGUUUCAAUGUUUGUGUGCUAAUACAGGCCUUACCAAGGAUAAAAGGGGAAAUGACAGCCUUAGACAGGGCUACUGCAACACUGGAGAGAUCCUGUCAAUUCACUAGGCAUCUGAGGCUUUGCCAGGUUGUCCCAAAGUUACCAAUCCACAGAUAACCACAGGCAGUUACUGUCUGCCUCUCCAAAUAUUACACACGCGCGCACACACACACACACACACACACACACACACCAUGAACACAGUGUCUCACUUCAUAAACGUCUCUCUUCCCUGCUCCCUGCCUGCAGUGAGGCUGAAAAUCUGGCAUAAAGAGCCUGUGGAAAACCCACAGCACUUCUCUGGGAGAUCCCUUCCCCUAGCAGGAAGCUGACACAUACAGGAGGUGGCCAGUCUUAUCCUGAGAAAGAGGCCUUUCCUUACUGAAAGGCCUGGCCAUCCCAAUACUAAUUGGUUCAUAGUGAUGUCUAAGAUGUUCCUACCCCAUAUACACACUUGGAGUUGACAGAUGGGCAGACUGCUAAAAGAGUGGUGUGUCAAGUUUCCUGCCCCGAGGCAAAUCCAGCCUAUCCCCUUUCAUGGCCACUAGGCAGGACUUGGUAUUUGAAAGGCCAGGAUAGUCCACAAGCCACAAAAUUAUGGAGACAGUAAUGACUUCAUGUUGGGCCUAAUACUCUCCAAAUUGUUCCAGAAACAUCAUCUACUGCUUUCUGGGGCUGAGAGUUUUCAGCUGGUGUAGAAGACUUGUGUUUCUAUCAGGUGCCUCACAUUUAUGGAUUGCGUCUCAGUCCAUUGCAGAUGUUUUAAUAAUAUUGUUCUGAGCCAGUUUCCAUUUAUUCUUGGUCCAAAGAGCAUUUUUUUUCAUGUGGGAUGUGGCUACUUUUGUUUUUGUUUCAUUGAUGACCUCUGUAGAGACAGGGGAAGAAAAACUAAUAUAUUUUGUAAUAUUAAUAUAGUCCUUGUUCUCUGCUUUCUGGGAAAUUUAUGUUGUGUCUGUGGAAAUGGGAGUUCAGUGAGCAAUUCUGGGGAGGAUGGAUUUAUGGAGAAUGGGGGUAUCUGGGGGAGGGAGACAUGUGAAUAUAACAAGAUGAUGAACAUGGGGCUUCAGUCAGAGAGGGAAGCCGGCAACUCCCCGGACCUCGACACUUUAUGAGCUUUCUGCAUAGAAUCAGGAAAGUCAAGUGCUUGAAAGGUGUCUGCAGCUGAGCCCUCCGUUUUACCUUAGUACAAAAAGUACUAGUGAAGUGGGGCAACGAGCUGACCAGAAAUCCUGCCGGGGAGGGACAGGGCUCCACCGCUGCAGACAGAUGUGUGGGGUGGGACUGUAGGAUUCAGGAUAGGCAAUCCAGACCACCUGGGCCUGUUUUUAAGGGCAUUUAUCAGAAUGCUUCUGGGUGGUCAACCCAAUGUCAAUCCCCAACAAAUGUGAGGACCAGGAACUAUGGCCCAGGCUCUAUUAACCUUUCCUGAAAUAACCAAAGUGCAGAGAACCUAGCAUUAUAUUUAUAUACUAAAGAGUCCAACCCAUCUCUCUGACAAAAAGAGACCAUUAUCAUUGGUAUCUCAGGCAGCAGAAAUCUCGGGAAGUUACCAAGAAAGGCUUAUGCUUGUCUGGGUCCGGUGAUCUUCCCAAGCACCUGUACAGGAAAGCAAAAAUGGGACAGCAGAGGCUGGCCUGGGUUUGGUCAGGAAUGGGUGUUCCACAAACACAUCCCUAUAUAACCCCCAAGUAAUUACACUCAAGAAUCUUCCUGAGGGAAAAUGGAAGGAGAAAAUAUUUUCCAUUCCCCUUGCACAAGAACCUUGGAAAUUAAGAGGCACUGAGAAGGGAGGCUUGUAAGCUCCUAGAGAACAAACAUUUUAGCAUAAGAGUAAGAUUUCUUAUGUACCAUAUUUGUGUUAAUCAACAUGGUUCUUCCCACCUAGAGAAAAAGUUGUUAGAUCCUGGGCCAGGCCCUCUGGCUGAAGCGUGUUCUGCUAGCAUCAGGCUAUGAAUGGUUGACCUUGGGGUUGGGGUCUUGUCUGGCAUUCUCAUAUACAUAGAUAUAUAUGUAAAUAUCUUAGCACACCGAAUAACAGGAAUGACUAUGUACAGAGCAGCCUGUCCCCAAACUGCAAGGCCCAAAGCCACUGUGCCCACUCAGAUGAGUCAGGUUGGUAACUCAACUUUGGGGACCGGCUCCUAGAUUUGCCUCCCCCUCCUCGUCCAGCAAGUUGCACAGAACCCCCUCUGCUUCUGCCUUCUCCAAUGGGAGCAUUUCAGGGAGCCACCAUCAGCCUUGAGUUCAUGAGAGGAAGAAACCCUCACAGAUCAAUGCCUGGAUCCCACUUCCUAAGCAAUUCCUUCCUCACCACAGCAGGCUCCUGGGGGUAGAACACACUGCAGGGCACUGCCUCCCUGCAUAAGGGUUUGCUUUCUGAACUUUGCCCAUCAACAUCGGCCUUCAGGGAGCCCAGAGUAACCUACUACCUCCCCCAUCGCUCCUCCUCCCUCCUGCAGUCCCAUCCACACAGGAUUCGCCCUGUUGCACACUGAGGAAAACCUGCCCACAGAGCCCUGCUUGGGUCUCUCCCACUGGUGUAGCUGCCACCAAUGUUUACAACCAAGGGCCACCUCCUCCUGAUGUAUUAACUCUCACCUUCAUGAGGCCACUUGUUGGUUUGAGUUUCACCUCUGUCCACUCCUUCCCUGGUUAGGGUCCACUUGAGCACACGACUCUCAUUUUUUCCCCCUCCAUCAAGGCAGUGUGUGAGGACCAUGUGGGAAUGAAAUCUCUGUACAUACUUAGUACAGCACCUAGAGUGUGAACUUAUACUACCGUUCUGUAAAGGGGGUGCAUUAGAGCUUAUUGUAAAGCAUUGGGAGAGGUAUAGUAUUGUAUUUGUAACAAUAUUGUUCUUUGUAUACACAAAACUCAAUGAUCUCUAUAUAUAAAUAUAAAUAAAUAUAUAAAUAAAAUAUAUCUACACAUGAGCCUGGAAUGUUGACACCGCACACCCACUGAAUGUAUUUCCUCUGACAGUCUGGUCACCGGUCCUGGCCCACUCUCCCUGUCUCUGUACCGUGGCCGCAGUUGUCUGGUUUGGGGUUGUGAUGUAUUUAAUGUGCUAGCUCCUUAUUUAACUGAACACUAAUGUCUGUAUAAGAGUUGCUGCAACAAUAAACAAGGACUUCACCUCUU